GCGGGCGGAGCGAGAUCGUCCCCUGCGCGUCUGAGAGGGACCUGAGGCCUCAGAGCCGAGCGCCUGAGGUGGUCGCGGGGACGGGCCUGCCUGGGGAUGAUCCACGAACUGCUCCUGGCUCUGAGCGGGUACCCGGGGUCCAUCUUCGCCUGGAACAAACGGAGCGGCCUCCAGGUAUCGCAAGACUUGCCAUUUCUCCACCCCAGUGAAACCAGCGUCCUGAAUCGACUCUGCCGGCUAGGCACAGACUAUAUUCGCUUCACUGAGUUCAUUGAACAGUACACAGGUCAUGUGCAGCAGCAGGAUCACCCUUCAUCUCAACAGGGCCAAGGUGGAUUGCAUGGAAUCUACCUAAGAGCCUUCUGCACAGGGCUGGAUUCAGUUUUGCAGCCUUAUCGACAAGCUUUGCUUGAUUUGGAACAAGAGUUUGUGGCUGAUCCCCAUCUCUCCAUAUCACAUAUCAAUUACUCCUUAGACCAGUUUCAACUUCUUUUCCCCUCUGUGAUGGUUGUAGUAGAACAAAUUAAAAGCCAAAAGAUUCAUGGUUGUCAAAUCUUGGAAACAGUAUACAAAUACAGCUGUGGAGGUUUGCCUCCUGUUCGCAGUGCAUUAGAAAAAAUCCUGGCUGUGUGUCAUGGAGUCAUGUAUAAACAGCUCUCAGCUUGGAUGCUACAUGGACUCCUCUUGGACCAGCAUGAAGAAUUCUUUAUCAAGCAGGGUCCAUCUUCUGGGAAUGUCAAUGCCCAGCCAGAAGAGGAUGAAGAGGAUCUGGGUAUUGGGGGACUUACAGGAAAACAGUUGAGAGAACUCCAGGACUUGCGCCUGAUAGAAGAGGAGAACAUGCUAGCUCCAUCUCUAAAGCAGUUUUCUCUUCGAAUAGAGAUUUUACCAUCCUACAUUCCAGUGAGAGUUGCUGAAAAAAUCCUCUUUGUUGGAGAAUCUGUCCAAAUGUUUGAGAAUCAAAAUGUAAACUUGACGAGAAAAGGAUCCAUUCUGAAAAAUCAGGAGGACACUUUUGCCGCAGAGCUGCAUCGUCUCAAGCAACAGCCACUAUUCAGUCUGGUGGAUUUUGAACAGGUGGUGGAUCGUAUUCGAAGUACUGUAGCAGAGCAUCUCUGGAAGCUUAUGGUAGAAGAGUCAGAUUUACUGGGUCAGCUAAAGAUAAUUAAAGAUUUUUAUCUUCUGGGACGAGGAGAAUUGUUUCAAGCCUUCAUUGACACAGCUCAACACAUGCUAAAAACACCACCUACUGCAGUAACUGAACAUGAUGUAAAUGUGGCCUUUCAGCAGUCAGCACACAAGGUCCUGCUAGACGACGACAACCUUCUCCCUCUGUUGCACCUGACAAUUGAGUAUCAUGGCAAGGAGCACAAAGAUGCUUCUCAGUCCAGAGAAGGGCCUUCUCGAGAAACUUCUCCCCGGGAAGCCCCUGCAUCUGGCUGGGCAGCUCUUGGUCUUUCCUAUAAAGUGCAGUGGCCAUUGCAUAUUCUCUUCACUCCGGCUGUCCUAGAAAAGUACAAUGUGGUGUUCAAGUACUUACUGAGUGUGCGCAGGGUACAGGCAGAGUUGCAGCACUGCUGGGCCCUACAAAUGCAGCGCAAGCACCUCAAAUCCAAUCAGACUGAUGCAAUCAAGUGGCGCCUGAGAAAUCACAUGGCAUUCUUGGUGGAUAAUCUUCAGUACUACCUACAGGUGGAUGUGCUGGAGUCCCAGUUCUCACAGCUGCUUCAUCAGAUCAAUUCCACUCGAGACUUUGAAAGCAUCCGGUUGGCUCACGACCACUUCUUGAGCAAUUUACUGGCUCAGUCCUUCAUCUUACUGAAACCUGUGUUUCACUGUCUGAAUGAAAUCUUAGAUCUCUGUCACAGCUUUUGCUCUCUGGUCAGUCAGAACCUGGGCCCACUGGAUGAGCGUGGGGCUGCCCAGCUGAGCAUUCUGGUGAAGGGCUUCAGCCGCCAGUCAUCACUUCUGUUCAAGAUUCUUUCCAGUGUUCGGAAUCAUCAGAUCAACUCAGAUUUAGCACAACUACUCUUACGAUUAGAUUAUAACAAAUAUUAUACCCAGGCUGGUGGAACUUUAGGCAGUUUCGGGGUGUGAAAAUGCCUGGUUCAUUGAAGUGAGUCAAUUUAAGUAAAAAUCAAUCACACCUCCUUCUCUAGUCUGUAACAGAAGAUACAAAAUCAACAUCUUGCUCAUCUAGUCACUCAUCAAAUGUCUAGAGCCUAUUGAGAGGAUACAGCCCUUUCUCAUACAAGAAAUACCAUGUUUAUUGAACAGCCAUGGAUACAGAUCUGUCCUUCCAAUCUGGCAAGGUCUACCCCACCAGAAGAAGAGUUCUUCACUUGACUGAGAAUGCUGGAGUAAGCUCUCCCUACUGACCAUUCAAGAUCUGUUACAUCAAGAACUCUGUUUAUUCGCUCAGAUACCGAAAAUCUAUUAUGUGCUGCAGGCCUCAAUACUAUUUAUGCUGCAGAAAACAAGGCAAUAAACAAAU